AUGGGAAAGCGAAAAUCCGACCUUUCGAGAAAAUCAAGAGACGCCAGAAGAGCUAAAAAAGUCCGGUCACUAGAAACAGAAGAACAGAGAAUACAUAGGUUACAAAUUCACAGACAACGUAUGGCUGCUAUCCGCAAAAGAGUGGCUUUGUUGAAAUCACAAACAUUCAUAGAAGUUCAAGAAAAUAUGAAAGAUGAUAGUGAACUAAAACCAUUUUCAAUUAAAGAGGAAUUAUCAAUGUAUAGCAGUAAUGACAACUUUUCAUCUUUAGAAGUAGAUCCUUUGUCUGAAAUAAAAGAAACCAUAUUACAAAAGCAGAAUUGGGUCGAAAAUGAUGAUACAGAACAGAGUCCCUCUGAUCUAUUGAAAGUUCUCCGGGUCAGCCCAUAUAGGAAAAAUAUUUUGAAAGUUUAA